UCGUGCGCAACUUCACGCACAAAAUUGGAAAAAUUCUCAAGUAUUUCAUAACCUAGGAAAUCCGAAUCGCGCAAGAUGUGGAUAAAUUUCAAUUAUGAUCGGAUUGUACCUUUUAGACAUUUACGUGGAGCAAUUGAUGCUGAACAAAGACGUUUACAUAGACACGAACGGGGCGAAGCUCGUUGUGAAAGUUGCGUUCAUUAAUUUCCCACCGACCGAGGUCAACGAGCGCGAACGUUCCUUGAAAAAUGAGACGAUUUACGUUUACGGAUUCAGAUGCGGCCAGUCCAUACACUUCUCCAUGCCCACCGAGGAGCUUGUCAACAAAAUGAAGAAGGCAUUGUUAAAGAUCGGCAUUUUUAAGGUGAACGACAGCUUCCCCAUUUGCCACAUCUUCACCCAUCUAAGCGGUUGCGCCUGCGACAUGGCCAAGUUGUCCAUCAAGGACCCAAUGCCGUACGUGUUCAGGGGCCCGUUCGAGCUGUUGGAUCCCGGGAACAACUUCGCGGGCCAACUGGACAUCGACAUCACGGUCAGAAACUUGGGAAGGGCGCUCGUGACGCCGUACGUGCUCGCCCCGAAAUGCUUCGUGUUCAAGAACGAGCCGGACGGGCCGGAGUUCAAGUGCCAGGCGUCGAGGAUGAGCGGUGGGAUGGACGGCGGUGGCUCGUCGUCGCCUAUAGGAUUGCAACCAUAA